CUUCACAAUCAUCAGCUUCUUUUCUCUCUACAACAAAAGAGAGCAGAAACAUAUGGCUUCAACUUCCUCCCUCGCUCUCUCUCAAGCCCUCCUCGCUCGCGCCAUCUCUUCCCACCAUGGCUCCGACCAACGCGUCUCCUUACCAUCAUCUUUCUCACGCGCCUCCGCUUCCUCUCGCCGCCGCAGCAACGCCGCCGCGUCGUCCGUGACCAAACUCCGCUCUCUCCGCCCUCUCGUCGUCCGCGCCUCGGCGGCAGUCGACACGCUCGAGCCGACCACCGACGCGUCUAUCGUGGACAAAUCUGUGAACUCGAUCAGGUUCUUGGCUAUCGAUGCGGUGGAGAAGGCGAAGUCGGGUCAUCCUGGUCUUCCCAUGGGAUGUGCUCCCAUGGCUCACAUUCUCUACGAUGAGGUUAUGAGGUAUAACCCUAAGAACCCUUAUUGGUUCAACCGUGAUCGUUUCGUUCUCUCUGCUGGUCAUGGUUGUAUGCUGCUUUACGCCUUGCUUCAUCUCGCAGGAUACGACAGUGUCUUGGAGGAGGAUUUGAAGAGUUUCCGACAGUGGGGAAGCAAGACACCUGGACAUCCUGAGAAUUUCGAGACUCCUGGGAUUGAAGUCACUACUGGUCCUCUUGGACAAGGGAUUGCGAAUGCUGUUGGUUUAGCUCUUGCUGAGAAGCAUUUGGCUGCUAGGUUCAACAAACCUGAUGCUGAAGUUGUCGACCACUACACGUAUGUGAUCCUUGGAGAUGGUUGUCAGAUGGAGGGUAUUUCAAAUGAAGCUGCAUCUCUAGCUGGUCACUGGGGACUUGGAAAGCUCAUCGCUUUCUACGAUGACAAUCACAUCUCCAUUGAUGGAGACACCGAGAUUGCCUUUACUGAGAACGUGGACCAGCGUUUUGAAGCUCUUGGAUGGCAUGUAAUCUGGGUGAAGAAUGGUAACACUGGGUAUGACGAGAUCCGUGCUGCCAUCAAAGAAGCUAAAGCUGUUACAGACAAGCCUACAUUGAUUAAGGUCACUACUACCAUUGGUUAUGGAUCUCCAAACAAGGCCAACUCAUACAGUGUCCAUGGAGCUGCACUUGGUGAGAAGGAAGUUGAGGCUACCAGAAACAACCUCGGAUGGCCAUAUGAGCCAUUCAAGGUACCUGAGGAAGUUAAAAGCCACUGGAGCCGUCACACGCCUGAUGGCAAAGCUCUUGAGUCUGACUGGAAUGCAUCGUUUGCAGCGUAUGAAAAGAAGUACCCAGAGGAAGCUGCAGAGUUGAAAUCUAUCAUCACUGGUGAACUACCUGCUGGCUGGGAGAAGGCACUACCAACAUACACACCAGAGUCUCCUGGUGAUGCCACAAGAAACUUGUCACAGCAAUGUCUCAACGCCCUUGCUAAAGUUGUUCCCGGUUUCCUCGGAGGAAGUGCUGACCUUGCAUCUUCCAACAUGACACUCCUGAAAGCCUUUGGUGACUUCCAAAAGGCAACACCCGAAGAGAGGAACCUUAGGUUCGGUGUCAGAGAGCAUGGAAUGGGAGCCAUCUGCAACGGCAUUGCACUCCACAGUCCUGGUCUUAUCCCUUACUGUGCAACUUUCUUUGUCUUCACUGACUACAUGAGAGGUGCGAUGAGAAUCUCGGCUUUGUCUGAAGCUGGUGUCAUCUAUGUGAUGACUCAUGACUCCAUUGGUCUUGGAGAAGAUGGGCCAACCCAUCAGCCCAUUGAGCACUUGGCUAGUUUCCGUGCUAUGCCCAACACUCUUAUGUUCCGUCCUGCUGAUGGAAACGAAACAGCCGGUGCGUACAAGAUAGCUGUCACCAAGCGCAAGACACCGUCUAUCUUAGCUCUGUCUAGGCAAAAGCUUCCUCAGCUUCCAGGCACAUCCAUCGAAGGAGUUGAGAAGGGUGGAUACACGAUCUCUGACAACUCAUCAGGAAACAAACCCGAUGUGAUCUUGGUUGGAACUGGAUCUGAGCUAGAGAUUGCUGCACAGGCUGCGGAGGUGCUUAGGAAAGAAGGCAAAACCGUGAGAGUUGUGUCUUUCGUCUGCUGGGAGCUGUUUGAUGAGCAAACAGAUGAGUACAAGGAGAGUGUCUUGCCGUCUGAUGUAUCUGCUAGAGUUAGUAUCGAAGCAGCUUCGACUUUCGGAUGGGGGAAGAUUGUUGGAGGCAAAGGGAAGUCCAUUGGUAUUAAUUCGUUUGGGGCUAGUGCACCAGCUCCAUUACUCUACAAGGAGUUUGGCAUCACUGUUGAAGCUGUUGUUGAUGCGGCUAAGUCAUUCUUCUAAGUGACUUUCACCAUUAUUCUCUAUAAGGGUUUCACUACAUUGUCUCAUUACCUAAAAAUAAAGUGCAACAAGACGAAAAGAGACUCUUCUUUCUUUUCUUUUUUUGUUUCUUGUAAUGCGGGUCAACAUAGGUUUUGGGUUUGGGAAGAGAAGAAAGUAGAAGACAAUGUAAAACUCUCUUAUGAUCAGUUGUGUAUUGUUGUUAUAUAUGCUUGAGUUUCAGCAAAACUUUCACCGCUA